AUUUUUCACAAAAUUCCAAAUGGGACCCUAGGGUUUUAGCAGGUUUAACACUACUACUUUCUCUUCCAUUGGAGUAGCUCAAUUUCAUUCUCUCCUCUGGUGGAGCUUAUGAAUUAGUUUCCUGUUGUGCUGAAGCUGUUCACAUUCAUAUAAUCUGGAGGAUUUGGAGCAUGGCUUUGUCCAUUUCGAGGAGGGUUUUGCGUUCUUUUGCUUCUUUGAACUCACUUCGACCACUUUCUGCUUCUAAUGUGAAGGCUAAUAUUCUUGGGGAUGGAGUGUCUUGUGUGGAAUCUUCGGUCUUCAGAAAGGAUGAAUCAUUGUUCCUCGCGUGUCGAAGAUAUUCAACUUCUUUGCUGACUCCUGAUUCCAGUGAUGGUUCAUUUCCCUCGGAUUUAUUAUCCAAGAAACGUGUCUCGACUCCAGAGCGUGAGAUAGGGCUCCUUCAGGACCUGGUCAUUCCAGUAACGAACUUCAAUAAUGAAGACAAGGGCUUUAUGUGUUUGGCUGGUGAUGUCUUUGAUGUGCCAAUCAGGAAAGAUAUUAUUCAUCGGGUUGUUAGAUGGCAGCUUGCAAAACGGCAGCAGGGGACCCAUUCAACUAAAACUAUUAGUGAAGUUAGUGGGACUGGGAGAAAACCGUGGAAUCAGAAGGGCACAGGGCGAGCGAGGCAUGGAACACUGCGUGGUCCUCAGUUUCGAGGUGGUGCCACUAUGCACGGUCCAAAACCACGAAGUCACGCAAUCAAACUGAACAAGAAGGUUCGGCGGCUAGGAUUGAAGAUUGCACUAUCAGCUCGUGCAGCUGAAGGAAAGCUUCUGGUUUUUGAGGAUUUAGAGAUUCCUUCGCACAAAACAAAAAACGUAGUGAACUAUUUCAACCAAUUGGAGAAUACCAAGAAGCUUCUGGUGGUGGAUGGUGGCCCAAUCAGUGAAAAACUAAAGUUGGCUACUCAGAAUGUACACUAUGUCAAUGUGUUGCCUUCAAUUGGUCUAAACGUCUACAGUAUUUUGCUACAUGAUACACUAGUCAUGUCCCGUGAUGCAGUGAAUAAGAUAGUCGAGAGGAUGCACACUCCUAUCAAUCGCUAAGGGAGCAUCUGGGGUUAAAAGGGAAUGGAUCUUGUUAGUUUUUGUCAGCAAAGAUAAAAGCAUAGAAAAUAUUUCUUGUAUUGUUUUUCGUUAAUUUUAAAAUCAUAGGGCUGGUAAUUUUUCUUAUUGUCCUCCGUUAUUUUCCUUGAAAGUACAAUCAACAUUUGCAUUGCUUCAUGCAAGUAAUUGAGGUACUACUUAAGAUUCUGUUCAGAUAACAUAUUUCCUGGUUUAGGAGAACAUUACACUGCCUUUCUAAUGCACUUCUUGUUUAACCUUGACAUAGAAUUCUUGAUCUUUUCUUC